AUGCAGGUGUUUAUACCCUCUUCGGCGCCAUUGUCAUUGUUCAUGCUCUACAAUUCGCCUGUUGCAGGUAACAAAGACAUUGCAGAAGAGUCGAUUAAGAAUUUCCUGAUUUCAUAUGCUACAUUGUUGCCCAAAAACUUGCAUAAUCACUGCGCACCGAUAGUGUUAGAGUUCUGUAAGUUUCUGAGAAGAGUAGGGCAGGAGGACCCUCCGUACAUCUUGUGCAGGAGCGCUCUAGGUUUGUUUUGGGAGAAUGCUGGGGGUUUGCAGGACUCAGAGUGUGUUGAUCAGUUGGUUAGGUUGAAGGAGAUUUACCCGUUUCUCACUGAGGUGGCAAAUAGUUUGUCUAAGGAUUUGGAGCUGAGUAUGGAGUCGCCUGGGAGUCUUAGGCCGUUGUUGGAUGAUGUGGUUGAUUUUAAGGCAUUCUUGCUCCCCAUGCGUACUGCAAUUAACAAAGAAUUGUACUAUACAGGUCCCAUUUGUGAAUCCUCGAAAGCACAGGCUGCUAAGUACCCGGUGUUUGGGGAAGAGAUUGAGCUUCUUCGUAUUAUACUUGCUGAUUUGCUGAAAAGAAUGGCUGAGUGCCUUACCAAAGUGGUAGAGUGCUUGGCUGGGAAAGGAAAGGGGGACAGUGAUUAUUGUUCAUUCUGGAUGUUCUCAUGGCUUCUUGAGCACAAAGAUGUACUUGAUUUCGAGUCUCGAGGGCAUUUGGCUAUGAUGAUGUUCCCUGAUGUUAAAGAAGACUAUGAGGAGUUACAUGAGAUGCUGAUUGAUAGGUCUCAAUUAUUAUCAGAAUCAUUUGCAUACAUAGGAAGUGCAGAACCCGAGUCACUGCAUGCUGGAUUAUUUGUGGAAUUUAAAAAUGAGGAAGUUACAGGUCCAGGUGUACUGCGGGAAUGGUUCUUUUUGGUAUGCCAGGACAUAUUUAAUCCACAAAAUGCACUUUUUGUGUCAUGCCCUAAUGACCGGAGACGAUUCUAUCCUAAUCCAGUUUAUGACAUAUAUCAUGUGGCAGAAAGACCUCGUUUCAAAUUAGAAUUAGUUUCAGUUGAUGCGUCUUUUCUGUUUGCAGCAUCUAAGGUGGAUCCUAUGCAUCUCGAUUAUUUCACCUUUGCUGGCCGGGUGAUUGCGUUAGCUUUAAUGCAUAAAGUGCAAGUGGGCAUAGUCUUUGACCGUAUAUUUUUCCAACAGUUGGCUGGAACUUUACCAUCUUUGGAAGACAUACGGGAUGCUGAUAGUUGCAAGCAGAUUCUGGAAAUGGAUCCCGACUUUAUUGAUUCAGAUGCUUUAGGAUUGACAUUUGUUAGAGAAGUGGAGGGGUUGGGAUCCAGGAAAACUGUUGAGCUUUGCGCUGGUGGGAGAAACAUUGUUGUAACCAGCAAGAACAGGGAGGAAUAUGUUAAACUUCUUAUUAAGCAUCAGUUUGUCAUAUCUAUCACUGAACAAGUGAAGCAUUUUGCAAAAGGUUUUGGUGAUAUUCUCUCCAACUCAGUGCUCCAGACUUUCUUUUUCCGAAGUUUGGAGCUAGAAGAUCUUGAUUGGAUGCUACAAGGAAGUGAAAGUGCUAUUAAGAUGUGA